GCACCUUCACCCUCGAGACAUGUCCUGCUCCGACCAGUGCCUGCCAUGCCGGCCCUGCGGCCCGACCCCGCUGGCCAACAGCUGCAAUGAGCCCUGUGUCAGGCAGUGCCAGAGCUCCACCGUCGCCAUCCAGCCCUCCCCCGUGGUGGUGACCCUGCCCGGCCCCAUCCUCAGCUCCUUCCCACAGAACACCGUUGUGGGCUCCUCCACCUCCGCCGCCGUUGGCAGCAUCCUCAGCUGUGACGGAGUCCCCAUCAACUCGGGGGGCUUUGACCUCUCCUGCAUCACCAGCCGCUACUGCGGCAGAAGGUGCCCCCCCUGCUAAAGCUGCUGGCAGUGACCCACGGAGACA